CGGUAUACAAAACGCACGAGGCUGAGCGCAUCUAAAUCCAGAUACUGCACCACUAUCCCAAUUGCAUUUCGAGCUCGUUAUGUUCAACAAUGGACUCUGCAGGCAAUAUCGAGUUCUCGAAGGAUGGCUUCGGUGAACUUCCCAGAAGCCUACCUGAGAACUGUGUUGAAUAUCUACUUUUUGUAGUAGAUAAUAAGAACGAAGCCCGAAGCCCGCUCCCCUACCUUGAAGAUGUCCGAAAAGCGGCCAUCCAGCUAUGUGAUAAAAUGACGAAAGGAUACAUAUGGCAACGGGAUUCGUUCCAAUUACGCCUUGAAAGAAACCAGGACCUAGUCUAUUUGCAUGGGACUACCGACUACGGCGACUCGGUCGAGGAUGAAUGGCUUAUAGUCUACCUGCUCCGAGAGUUGACUAAAUCCUUCCCUACUCUUUGGGUGAGAAUCUUUGAUGGCGACGGCGAAUUUCUAUUUGUCGAGGCAGCUAGUGUGUUGCCGAAGUGGCUGAGCCCGGAAAUAGAUAGCAAUCGAGCGUGGAUCCACGAUGGAAAGUUUUACAUGAUACCUCUAGCGGCCAGUUCAGAUACAAAACGACCGUUAUCCUUGCCCGAGGCCGUUGGACUCAUCAAAACAAGCCCAAACAUCCUAAUACAUUCUACUUUUGUCGAGGCCGAGGCCUUCUAUAGACUAGAAAAAUAUCCUAAACACAUUACGGACACGAUACACCAUUCAAUAGUCACCAUACCUAGGAAACUGGCAUAUAUCCUACAUGAGAAACCUUCUACCAUGGCACCUGCUGUCGAGUCGUUCUAUUUACGACAUCCGGUCGCAAUAAAGUCCAUCUCUUCGCCAUCUGGGAAUGUACACUUCCCUCCUGAGGAUCUAGUGGCCGUUAGUGUGAAAUUUACAAAAGUAUUAUUUGCGCAGCUCAAGUCUCAAAGGUUUCCAGCCCCUCCGAUUUGGAGUGCUACCCUGGAAGCUGCUGAAAAUCGGGCAGCCGGUGAAGAUGACGCUCGAAAGAGAUUGGCUCGCUUGGAAAUGGGUAUGAAAGUGACAAGCGGUUUUGAGAUGCUUGCUGCUGAUGCGGCCAAUAAAGACAGUCGCCUAGCACGCGAAUUUUCCGUGGUUCUCGAGGACGUGGAGGAGGAUGGUGUUCAAGCACUCCCAACUAAUGAAGAUAUAAGGAAGUGGGAGGAUGCGUACAGGGAUGACGAUGAAUCAUGGUUAGAUAUCAACUUCGAGCAAUUCGAAAACGAGCUCGAGGGAAGUAAAGGCCCCCAGGAACGACCUAGAAAUGGAUUCGGUGAUUCUUCGGCACAGGCGAAUUUACAAAAGAUCGUGUCUCGAUUUGAGGCCUUCUUGAAUGAUGAAAAAGCCGGCGUGGACGGUGCUGAAGGGGGGGGUAUGGAUGACGAUGACGAUAUUUCGGAUGACAGUGAAGAAUAUAGUGAUGACGAGGAUAAGGCUGUCAGCUUCGAUGAAGAGCAAUUCUCAAGCUUGAUGAGAGAAAUGAUGGGACUUCCAGCGGCGCAGUACGAAGAUUCGAAGAAUGGCGCCAAAUACCCAAAUAACGCCAAUGCCCGAAAUACUAUAGAUAAUGAGGACGAGGAUAUCAGGCAGAUAGCUGCACAGAUGGAAGCCGAAUUAAAAGAGCAUGGUGCUCUGAAGCUUGACCCAGAGCCUGAGCGACGGAAUGCGAUAGAAUCAGGAGAUGAUACCGAUCUUAAGAGCAAAACGAAGGAUGAUCUGCUUCGGGAGGUAGAUGGCGGAGAAGAAAGUAGUGGAGAAGAAGUUGAUGUCGAUUACAACCUCGCUAAGAAUUUGCUUGAAAGCUUCAAGAGCCAAGCUGGAAUGGCAGGACCUGCAGGUAAUAUCCUAGGGAUGAUGGGUCUACAACUACCUAGAGAUGAAGAUGAAGAGGAUGAUAAUUGAAAACGCUAGGUGUGUAAUAGUGCAAUCAUAAAUUACUUACAAAAUGAAAACGGCGUUCUAGGUAACAUAUGUAGGCAUAAAUGUCAACAUUUUGCACAUACCUACAUAUAUCUAUGGAUACAUAU